CCGGAAUAGUUAGAUUGGCCCUGGUUCGGGCGUACGAGUACUGCCAUAGCUUCAAAGCAUUCCAAAACUGAGCGUGACACGGACAACCAAAACAACCAGCUGGGCACCACUCAUUUCCUUCCCCCUCUCUCUCUCUCUCCCUCUCCCGUCCAUCUCCCUCUCCCUCUCCCUCUCCCUCCCUCUUUCUCGAUACCUCCUCCCCAUUCAUCCUUCCGAGGGAUCCUCACGAACUGCGCAGACGCACAAACCCACCUUCCACUUGUUGCGCAUCCCUGAAAGGUCAUCCGCACACCACUACCACUCGACCCAUUCUAUUACGACGACCACCACUCCACCGUACCCCCCACCAACACCUUCGUGAUUUAAACCGAUACAACUUCGCCUGAGACAUCGCUCCGAACCGAUCGGGUACCUUCCGCCCCCGCCUCGACCCGUCCCCGGAAGGCCCCGCCCCUCCAUCUAGAACAAUGGCUGCCGCCAGCUACUACGGCGCCGGCACCCCAGCUGACCAGAACAAGCUCAACGCUCCCACCUCCCCCGUAGACUCGCCGGUGGGCGAUACCAACAAGCCGCUCCCGCCGCCCCACCAGAGCUCCUUCCCUCCCACGCACCAGAAUACGUUCCCUCCGACACACGUCGACGCCGGAUACAACGAUGACCUCUCGUAUGCUCCCAACCACUACUCGAGAUACUCCGCCGAUACCGGAUACGACCCGCAUUCUUAUGGUAACCGUCCCGGUGACAGUCCCACAAAGUACAAUUCCGACCCGUUCUCGGACAACAUCCCGCUUCACGAGACCGGCCACAAGAAUCAGCCGCCCAGCACACAGUUCCAGCAGCCGCCCAUGUCGCACGUCGAGAACGGGGGCUCCCAGUACCCCCCGUACCCACCACCGCCUACGGACCGGAGAAAGCGGAAGAAGUCGUGGAGAUCGCGGCCGUGGUUCGUGUACUUCAUGACGCUAGUCCACACGAUCGUUUUCUGCGUCGAGUUGGGGCGCAACCAGGCCUUGCAGGGAUCGCCAAUCUCGACGAAACCGUACUUCAAUCCCAUGAUCGGCCCGUCGACGGAUGUCCUGAUCAACAUGGGCGCGCGCUUCGUACCGUGCAUGCGCCUUGCGCCCAAGUUCAUGAACGCCGACCCGACCCAGGUGUUCCCGUGUCCCUCCAGGACCGAUGACUUGCUCAACUGCACGCUUGCUCAGUGGUGUGGGUUCAAUGGAAGGGAUAUUCCGGAGCCCAUGGGCGGAAAAGGGCCGGCAGAUAGCAAGCCCGAUCAGUGGUACCGGUUCAUUAUCCCGAUGUUUUACCACGCCGGUUUGAUCCAUCUCGCUUUCAACAUGUUUAUGCAGGUUACGCUAGGUGGAGAGAUGGAGCUGGAGAUUGGAGUGGUGCGGUUCAUCAUCGUGUAUUUCUGCUCCGGAAUCUUUGGUUUCGUGCUCGGAGGCAAUCUCGGCGCAGUUGGUCAGCCAUCGGUGGGUGCUUCUGGCUCACUCUUCGGAAUCUUUGCGCUCGUCAUGCUUGACCUGUUCUACACGUGGAAGGAACGGGAAUCUCCCAAAAAAGACCUUAUCUUCCUUUUGCUGGACAUCAUCAUAGCAUUUGUCCUAGGGCUCCUGCCGGCAAUCGACAAUUUCUCCCAUAUUGGCGGGUUCAUAUGCGGGAUCUGCCUCGGGGUGGCGCUCAUGCGAUCCCCUAACCAACUGCGGAAGAGGAUCGGCACCACGGCAUCGGACCCACCAUACACUCCCGCGACUUCCACGAACCCCUACAACACGUCAAGCGGUGGAAACGAACUCAUCGGCUUCCGCGGCUUCGUCAAGCAGCCACUCGCUUUCUUUAAGGGCCGCAAAUCCCUGUGGUGGGCCUGGUGGCUCGUCCGGGCUGGCAUGUUCACGCUCAUCCUAGUUGUGUUCGUAGUACUGAUCAACAACUUUUACUUGCCGACGAUGAAGACGUGCUCGUGGUGCAAGUACCUGAGCUGCAUGCCGGUCAACGGUUGGUGUGAUAUGUACGAUGACCUCGGCAUCAAGACGGUGAAUGUCACGUCCGGCUCGAGGAUGCUGAUGAACAGAGAGCUGCUGGGAGGUUUGGAUGAGUUUCUCUGAGCAUUUGGCUACGUGGGUUUGGGGGGAUGGAAUAGGAGCAUAGCGUGGAACUGAAGAACUCUAAGCUGGCAGCUGUUUUUUCCCGGGGUGUUCUGUUUUUCUUUUCUGUUACUUUUCAUGGCUGCUACGAAAGCAUCCGCUUUUUUCUUUUUUUCUUCUUUUUUUGCGGACUGUUUGGGAUACCAUCAAAAUAGUUGCCAUGAAUGUGUUUUCCACCUGUAUCACUUGUAUUUUGCUUUCCACGGCGCAGGGGGAUGGGGCUGGUUGGAGGGUUUAAGAAGACGUUUGAAUUGUCAUGAGAUGGAUAAUACAAAGUGGCUCUUCU